AUGGCGACAGACCUCUCCCCGUUUCCUCCCAACGCUGUCUUCUUAACGCCCGCCCCUGCCACAUUCUCUUCACAGCUCCAUCCAGCCGUGGGCGUCCGCUCCACGGGCCUCCAGAAGAGAACCGCUCCUCUCUCUCCGACGCUGGACGGUCGUAAAAAACGGGGCGGGGGCGACACACUUAACAAAACACCCUCUAUCCAUCGCACCCUGGCCUGUGUCUGUCUGCCCCCAUUCCCCCCCCUCCAACCCCCGCCCCUGCCCCUGGACCACUUUGUGUCCAGCCAGCAAAAGUCCAUGACAGCGAAAAGCCUCAUCAGCUGA